GAUUCUCUCUGACUGUUUCUCCUCAGAUUGACGAUGGCAGAAACCCUGCUGUGUAGUUUACAGGAUGAGUUCACCUGCUCACUGUGUGUGGACACCCUGACUGACCCCGUCACCAUCCCCUGUGGUCACAAUUUCUGUCUGAAGUGCCUCACUGACUGCUGGGAUGAGAGCCAAGAGUGCUGCUGUCCUCAGUGCAGACACACCUUCACCACAAGGCCUGAGCUAAACAGAAACACUUUGCUGAAUGAAGUCAUCAGUAAAUUAAAGAAGACAACAAUCAAUCCUCCAUCAUCUCAGAAUUAUGCUGGCCCUGAAGAUGUGGAGUGUGACUUCUGCGCCAGAAAGAAGUUCAGAGCUGUGAAGUCCUGUCUGACCUGUUUGGCCUCCUACUGUCAGACUCACCUGCAGUCUCACUAUGAAGGAGAUGCCCUGAAGCACCACAAGCUGACUGAUCCUGAUGGAAAUCUAAAGGAGAAACUUUGUGGAAAACAUCAGAAAAGUCUGGAAAUAUUUUGCAAAACUGAUGAGACCUGCAUCUGCAUGAUGUGUGUGGUGACUGGACACAACAGCCAUAAAAUGGUGGAGCUGGAAAUGGAAAGAGAAGAAAAAAAUAAACAGCUGGUGGUGACACUGAGUGAAAUCAGGAGGAGACUUGAGGAGAGAAAGAAGAUACUAGAGGAGACAAAGAAAGCGGUGGAACAGAUGAAGAUCUUAGUUGAAAAAGAAGUGGAGGAACACGAGAAGAGCUUCACCGUUCUGAUUCACUGCAUUGAAGAAACCCGCAGGAAAGUAACAGAGAGGAUAAGGGAACAGGAGAUGAGAGAAAUGGAGGAGGCUGAAAGAAUCAUGGAGCAACUGGAGAAGGAGAUCGUGGAGCUGAAAAAGAAAGAUGCUGAGUUGAAGGAGCUUUCGGAAACCAAGGACCAUGUCCACUUCCUGCAGACUUUCUCAUCUCACUGUGUCCUUCCUGCUGAUGCAGACUUGCUCAGCUUUACUGUUACUGCAAAUUUCUCUUAUGAGGACCUGAGAAAGGAGCUGUUAUGUCUGAAAAAGAGUCUGGAGAAGAUCAGCCAGGGAGGCAUCAUGACAUUGACUCCUUCAGGAAGUGAAUCCCCGAUUUUUGCCCUACUGUCUCCUGAACCUCAGAGCAGGGAGGAGUUUUUACAAUACUUCUGUCCACUCACACUGGACAUCAACACGGCACACAGACUCCUCCGUCUGUCUGAAGGGAACAAGAAGGCGAGACGUGAAAGGAGAGUGAUCAGAUACUCUGAUUAUCCUGACAGAUUUGACUGGUUUACCCAAGUUCUGUGCAGAGAGGCUCUGACUGGGACUCGUUAUUACUGGGAGGUGGAGUGCAGUGGAGACUGUGUGCUGAUAGGAGUCGCAUAUAAAGGACUGAGCAGAAAAGGAAAGGUCGACGAGUCCAGGCUUGGAUUCAAUGACAAGUCUUGGAGUUUGUGGUGGUCUAAUUCCUUUUACCUUGCAUGUCACAAAAAGAAAAUGACAGUUAUCAUGACCCCUUUUAGCCCUAGAAGAGGUGUGUACCUGGACAGCCUUGCUGGCACUCUGUCAUUUUAUAGUGUCUUAGACAAAAUGACCCUCCUGCACAGGUUCAACACCUCCUACACUGAGCCACUCUAUCCAGGGUUUUAUAUUGGUCCUGAUUGCAGUGUAGCAAUCUGCCAUCUGAUGCCAUCUGACAACUAAGCAGUACCCUCCACAAGUCACUUGAUAUCUCAACAAGCGCAGGUCAUCUUUGUGUUUACAGUUUUGUGUAAAAAUUAAUUUUACAGGAUGGGUGGAGGAGGGAGGCACCUCUGAGCGUACGUCUGGAGAUCAGAAUACAGGGUGAGUGCAGCUAUCAGUGUCUCAGUUUUUAUUGGGUUUGAGUAGCCAAUCAGGCGUGUGUAUAUUAUAGUGAGGGGAGGUGACACCUCCAACCUACAAAUACCAAUCUGCUCAGCAGGUCACACUGUUGAUUCACAGCUACAUAUGCUUCAGGCUUAUACCCCAGCAACUGCUGUGGACCCUGACAAUCAUUGAUAGUCACCUGUUAAGGAGGACAGGCAUACGAGCAUGCUGGAGCAGCACUACUGAAAGAUGCUGUAUUGACUAAGUAUAAAUAACCAUUGACCAACUAACUCAAUAUAGAAGCACAGAGUGACAAAAGUGACUAGAGUGCUAGAGCGGUGUCCUCUCACCAGGCUUUUUGUGUCUCUCAAUUUCUCAUUCAAGGGAUUCGUCAGCUCUGUAUUAAUUCACUGUGAAUGUCUAAAGAUGAGGGCUCACUGAUUACUUAGACGUUUGGGGUUUUGCUGAAGCACUUGAUGUCACAUGGUUAUUAAACUGCACCUCCUCAUUCCUACUUUCAGAUUUGUCACUGUCACUCAAACUCAAGUAGAUGAGUCACCUAACUGACUUUAUCAUCUCUAUCAACAUUUAAAGUGGCAAUCAGAUUUGAUCCUUGUGAACACUUUUAUUUUUCUGUUGACACACAGAUUCCCAGAAUUAAAUUAUAAUUCCUUCAGGACCACUGAAGAAGCAGCAUGUUACCUGACAUCCUUCUAUGUUAAGGGGCUCAUGAAAACGUAGGAUGGCAGCCCUUCUAUUCUGCAUUACAUUCCUCACAAGCAGGUGAUGACUGUGAGUUCUAAGUCUGUCAUCUUCAAGGAGCCUGAGGAGUUAAAAGAAACAGGAGAGAAUGUGAAUAAAGAGUGAGGGGUGAGGGUGAUAAAGAAAAGUGUUAGGGCGCUAAAGGGAGAGAUGAACAACUUUGAGAGACAGAGUAAAUCAGGUGAGCAUGCCACUUAUAUUUCUCUACUGUAUGACUUAGAUAAAUAAAGAACUAUGUUUGCCCCACCUGUCUGAUUUUCUCCUCUUUGACUCAGCAAACAGUAAUAGCUGUCCUGUGAUCUAGGAUUUUAUUCCUAGUUCAUCAAAUCUGUAUCAUUAGGCACGGCUGAAGUCUGAUAUUUUAAACACUCAGUCAUCCGACAGGCUGAUAUACAAUGAAUUUUUCACUGCUGACCUAAACCCCACUGCCCUGUUCUCUCUGCUGUUAUUUUACCUUGGCCAUUGCUUCAGUCUGCACUGUCUGAUCUCAUGAAGCCACUUGUCUGUUAUUACUCAUUUUCACAUCACAGCUACACAUUGACAGUUGUUCAGAAUUUUACAGGCCAUCUGCAUCUCUGGCUUGGCCAAGGUUAUCUCCUGCUUCAGUUAGUGGCUCUUAGAUAUCAGGAAUAGUGAACAGACCAUUGUAAAAACGGAAAUGUCAAUGAGAGUUGUGGACAGGAGAGAUGGUGGACAUAUUUAGCUCAGAAUCUCAUUUAAAAUUCAAUGAGCACACUGGACAUAUUCUCAGUCACUAAUUAUUGACUCCAUGUCAGCACCUGUGGCCCUUAUCACUUUGACUAGCUCUCCUGUUACCCUUAUGUUACGAACAUGAAAGUAGAAAGUGUAUGGAGACUUUAACAAGAGGACUGAGUGGUUGUACUGGACUACAGCAGCUCCCUUCAGUGGACACUCGCAUUGUGUUUCACAUAUGGGAAAGGUCAGUGGUGAAAGUGGAUAAAAAAUACACAAUGCUUUAUAAUGCAAAUAAGAAUAAAACAUAAACACAACAAAGAAAUAUCUGAAGAGAAGUGAUUCAAUAUUAUGUCUAACCUAAAGUAAUUGUUAACUUUAGUAAGAACAUAAGAGGUUAAAGUGAUUAUAGUCACAUGACUUUCAGAGCUGAUCUGCCUGUAGCCAAACUUUUCCCCUAUUGGCCACUUUCCAGUUUACAUGCACGGGAAAUCUCAGGAGUGAAGUUUCUGGUGAGAUCAAACAAAUAUUGUUCAAACAUUCUUAACAUUGGCAUUACCACUGCACUGUCUACAACUGCCUCGAAGAGUCGGUAAAAUUUAAGAGUUAGGGCUGGGAGAAUGAGAUGUCAUCAAAUAACAUGGUGCAUUCAUAACCCAAUAUCCUUUUGUUAAACCCAUAACACUAAUUAGAAAGUUUAAAGUUGUUACUCAGAAGGAUAAAACAGAUACAGCAGGAAGGACACACUCAGUGUAGUGCAGCAUCAAACAGUUUUAUCCAAAUUUCAGACAACACAUAAGUAGAUGAGUAGACCUUUAUGCUGUUGCUUUUGAUGACAUAACAAGCACAUCUCUGAGUAUGAUCUCCAUGGAAACCCAGUGAUGGGAAUGGCACUGUUAGUAACAAAACAAACAUAACAUCACAGCAAAAAUAUUUUAAGUUUUAACUGACACAUUCCACAUCAUGUUUGGAUUCUAAAUUCAAACUAAAUACAUAGUCACCAAAAGUUCUGAAAUUCCUAUAAAAUAUGAAUGAAUACAAGCAAUCCCAUCAACCUUUAAGGACAGUCAUUUGUAGUUGGGUUUUACAUAUGGUAAAAUAAUAUAUUUAAUAAAUCUCUCUAUAAUGUUCCAGAUAUUACAUUCACAGUGACAAAUGAUCUAAUAAUGCUCUAAAGUCUGUAAAGCAGACUCAAAUAAAUUUUAUUAUUUUGAAGAAAAUAAUGUUUGUAAUAACAGAUAAGAUGAUAUUUCAUGAAUAUUUUAUUUUUAAAUUUGCAAUAGUGAAAUAGAUGAUUUUGGCAGUCUAAGUCCGAGUCUACAUGCUCAUGUUCUGCUGUGAGUGUGCGUGUCCACGUGCGUCCAGUGUGACACAUGUGCAGACAGUCGAGUGUGUUGAGAUGGGCGGUCUCUGUGACCCCGCCCCCUCUACAGCUGCUAAUAAAGAAUGACAUUGAACUUCAUUAUUUAUAAGCGCCACGUUUGCUAAUUACACACCUAUUAAUACACAUCACUAUUUAUUACACUUGUUUAAGUUGCAUGUAAAUGUACUUUUCCAAGUGACAGAUGCCUGCAUUCAGUACGUAAUCCUGGUGUGAUUUAAGGGCCACUACCUUGACAUCCUGUCUCACUUCUGAUAAAGUUUCUGUAGAAAGAGCCUUAUGUCAGGAUUUCUGUUAUUAUUCUUCCUUUUCUAGGUAUGUAAAUUGUUAAUGUAGUAAUUAAAUAAACAGAGUAUGUUUCAACACAGCUUCUUUAUGUCUGAAUCAAUAAUGUAAUAAUGCAAAAAUGCUAGAUGAGCUCUUUAGUGUGAAAAGCAUAAGAUACAUUCUUGAUAUAUACUUGUUCAUUAGUGCUUGUUGUGCUGCACAUUCAAUGUCACAUUAAUUCUGUAGUAUUUAUUCUUAGUUUAAUUUGUCAUAAGUACAUCAAAAUAUAUGCUAUAUUUCUGUUACUUUAUUUGUACUGUAUCUGGUUAAAGUGAUUGAUGCUGGAAUACAGCACAGUGCAUUGAAAUGACACAAUAGUACAGUAAGAUUAGCAAUAGUUAAUUGUGGUUGAGUUACCUGUAAUUGUUUUUGUAAUUGUGUUUACUGUUUGAAAUGUGAUUUAUUGUGCAAAGUAUAAAAAAAGAACUCAUAGUAAUUAUAUUAAGGUGUAAAGUAACAAGUAGUAUACCUUUGUCUCUGUUUAAAAUAUCACCAGCCUCCACUGAUUAAUCCGCAAGAGAGGAUGCCUUCAAUGUAAAUUCCCUCUGUACAUUAGUUAGUUCAAUUGUCUUACAGGUACUGUAAAAUCCUUUGUAAAUUGGUUCAUCAUGGUUUGUUUGAAUAAAAUUGAAAAAAA